AUGUCGGAAAAAUAUAAUCCACUGCUCGAAACGGUCGGUUUUAUUGGUGGUGGUAAUAUGGCCUAUGCUAUUGCAUCCGGACUACUGAAUAAAGGUGUCCUCAAAGCGGAACAAAUCUGUGUGUCGGCCACAAACCUUGCGAAUCUGCAGAAACGUUGGUGUCCACUGGGAGUAACGAACGUUACCAUCAACAACAACGAGAUUGUUUCGAAAGCGGACAUUAUUUUUAUCUGUGUAAAACCACAAAUUUUCCCCCAAAUAGUUGACCAACUUCAAAGGGUUAUUGAGGAGUGUGAGAAUGCUGAUCGCAAACUGAUCGUCUCUAUAAUGGCUGGUGUAACGCUCGACAGCUUGGGGAAAGCUCUGCCAACGAUAAAUUUGGUCCGCGCCAUGCCCAACACAGCGAUGCAGGUUUGCGCCGGCUGUACGGUGUUUUGUCGUUUGGGCCGCUUCCCAUUAACCGAAGCACUGUACGAAUCGUUGAAGCUCAUGUUUGGAGCCCUUGGACUGGCUUACGAAGUGAAGGAAAGUCAAAUGAAUGCCGUCACGGGGUUGGCCGGUUGCGGGCCGGCGUACGUGUACGAGUUCAUUGAAGCACUGGCAGAUGGAGGAGUGAAGCAGGGUAUCCCCCGUGACAUAGCAUUACGGUUUGCCGCACAGACGGUGAUGGGUGCGGCCAAAACCGUGCUCGAUACGGGCAAGCAUCCAGCGGUGCUGAAGGACGAAGUAUGUUCGCCCGGUGGAGCAACGAUCCAUGGUGUGCACGCGUUGGAGCAAGGAUCGAUGCGUGGCACCGUUAUGAAUGCGGUGGAGCGAGCUACAAUGCGGGCCGAUCAGCUUUCUUAG